CAGUGCAGAGACUUAGUCGUUGCUGCUGCCGCUGCUGCGCUUGUGUGUUACUGCAGCCAGACCCAGACGCUGGGAAGAGCUUCAGAUCUGCAAGGGGGAGGGGGGUCGCGCGCCGUUUGCAUUGCCGCCUUUCCCCCGGGGCGCCCUGGAAGGAAGAGCACCGCAGCCUCCACCGCUCCCUCAGCCCUUCUUCCUUCCUUCCCGCUGCAGAGAUUUUUUGUUUUUCCGGGGUUUCGUUUGCCAUGCCCAAGGACCAAAGAGUAGCAACCGCCAGCACUAGAGGCAGUAGCAGCAGGAGGAGGAACUUUCCAAGCAGGAGCCUAAUGGCUGCGAAGGGGGAAAUCUAAGAGCCAGUCUUUUCCCAUCUUGCCCGGGGAGAAGACUGCAAGCGAGCCAGGGAAACCCGGCCAGCAUGAGGCGGGGGGCUCAGCACUGAUGCCUGCGUCGCUGCCCCCGGCGGGAGGAUUAAGAGCUUCUCCCUCCCCUGGGGCGCCGCAAACCAAGAGUGUGUGACAAGAAGGAGACGAAGAGCAAACCAAACCCACGAACUCCCCGGCAGUGCUUUGAACUUCCCCUGGCCCAGGACUCCAACAACCUGAUCGCACCCCGCCAAAAAAACCCACAUUAUUAUUAUUUUUUGUUUUCAUUCGGAUCUCGUCUAUUCUUGCCCUGCACAUUUUGCGGGGCGUGUUGUGUCUCUUUGGUUUUCUUUUCUUUUUUUCUUUUUAACUGUUUUUGGCCAAUAUCAUGGCGAUGAAAGGGGCUGCCGCAAGUACCGGGAUCUUGUUAGUCACGGCCAACGUUGGAUCCUUGUUUGAUGAUCCCACACAUUCAGCUGUAAGACAUCAUAUAAGACUUCAAGCAAUAUACAUUCACCCAGAAAACUUACAGAAGAAUUGGCUUCGGGAAUUUUAUCAGGUUGUACAUACACACAAGCCACACUUCAUGGCAUUACAUUGUCAAGAGUUUGGUGGGAAAAACUAUGAAGCAUCCAUGUCUCAUGUGGACAAGUUUGUUAAAGAAUUAUUAUCAAGUGAUGCAAUGAAAGACUACAACAGAGCUCGAGUUUAUUUGGAUGAGAACUACAAGUCACAGGAACAUUUUACGGCACUGGGAAGCUUUUACUUUCUGCACGAAUCCUUGAAAAAUAUUUACCAGUUUGAUUUUAAAGCUAAGAAGUAUAAAAAAGUUACGGGAAAAGAAAUCUAUUCAGAUACAUUGGAAAGUACCCCAAUGCUGGAAAAAGAAAAGUUCCCACAAGAUUAUUUCCCUGAGUGUAAGUGGUCCAGAAAAGGCUUCAUACGAACAAGGUGGUGUAUUACUGACUGUGCCUUUGACUUGGUAAACAUUCAUCUUUUCCAUGAUGCUUCCAAUUUAGUUGCUUGGGAAACAAGCCCAUCGGUUUACUCAGGAAUAAGGCAUAAGGCCCUUGGUUAUGUACUUGACAGAAUUAUAGAUCAGCGGUUUGAGAGAGUUUCAUAUUUUGUCUUUGGAGAUUUCAACUUUCGACUGGAUGCAAAAUCAGUGGUAGAGACACUUUGUGCAAAAGCUACAAUGCAGACAAUCCGGGCUGCUGACACUAAUGAAGUAGUCAAACUAAUAUUCCGUGAAUCUGAUAAUGACCGAAAGGUUAUGCUACAAUUAGAAAAGAAACUGUUUGACUAUUUUAAUCAAGAUGUUUUUAGAGAUAACAAUGGCACUGCGCUUUUGGAAUUUGACAAAGAGCUGUCAGACUUUAAAGACAAAUUAUAUGAACUGGACAUUUCAUUUCCUCCCAGCUAUCCAUAUAGUGAAGAUUGUAGCCAGGGAAUGCAGUACAUGAACACUAGAUGUCCAGCUUGGUGUGACAGGAUCCUGAUGUCACAUUCUGCCAAAGAGCUAAUUCUAAAGUCAGAAAACGAUGAGAAGCUAGUGGUGUAUGACCAUAUUGGACCAAAUGUCUGCAUGGGGGACCACAAGCCCGUGUUCCUGUCCUUUCGAAUAGCCGCUGGGGCAGUUUCUUUUGGGGGGAGAAAAAACCCACAAAAACAACAGAUGCCAAUCAAUUCUGCAACAGGAAAAAGAUGCCUCCGAAACGAGAAGAUCUUUCGGGAAAGCUCUUUGUAGCGAGGAGGAGAAGGAGGAAGGCUCCGAGGUCCAUCCUAUCAUCGCCUAAACCACGACAGUUCCAUUCAUCCUUCAAGUUCUGCGUGCUGCGUUGUUACUUUGUUAUAAUAAUAAUUCUUAUUAUUUUAGGCUGUUGAUCAUACACUAUCUUCUUCGGCAUCUGGACUCUAGUCCCGAAAAGAAACGAAAAACCUCUCAUACCUCACCGUCUUGUAUAUUCCUGUGACAUCAAAUGUGGAAUUUUAUUUUUAUAUGAAGAUGUGUGUUCUAUGCCACAGUCUGGUUGCCAAAAAACAAACUUUCUAGUAGUCGCGAUGUUCUGUGUUUUUAAACUUCACUGUGUUUUUUUUAAAGUUUGUCAAUGUGAAAUUAUAUAUAUAUAAUAUUCAACAUUAAGACAAUUUUCCUCGCCUACUUUAGCCUAAAGGCAGGUUGGGAUUUUGUACAUUGCCUUGUAUAGAAGUCCUGGUGUAUUCUUGUUAUUUGUUGACCAAGAUCUAUCGUUCCUGUGAUUUGGGGCGUGGGGAGGGAACUGGGGACAGUUAGUUUUAGAGUCGAAGUUUGGGGGGGGAUUGCCAUUUUUGCCACUUCUUCUUUUUCUCAUGUUAUUUACUAUCCUGCCAUGUUCCAUGGUUUUUGAAUCACACAGCAGCAGCUGCUUUCUAUACAAACAUGUAUAUAUUUAUAUAUUUGUAUGUGAGUGUGUAUAGAGAUAUAUAUACACAGAUAUAGAAAUAAUUUAUAAUUAUAUAAACUGUUCGUCUUUCCUGCUUUAAGAAAAAAAAAUAGCCUUUUCCAAAAUAGCCCCUCCUGUAAAUUCAAUUGUGUCAGUGGGAGUUGACUUCCAGAGUAAUCCGGUUAGGAGCCCUGUGGGGAAAGGCUGUGGGUCACUAAUGCCCCAAUCCUGAAACACACCUUCUUUGAAUUAAAAGUCAUUCAAACCGGUGAGACGGGACCUGCAGCCAGAUCCUAACCAGGUUUACUCGGAAGUAAGUCCGAUUACUUUUACCUGGAGCCAACGGUUUAUUCGGAUUUACUUGCUGUAGUCUGAAGUACUCACUGACGAGUAAAUCCGAUUGAACGCAAAGGCACUUGCUUCCAAGUAAACAUGUUUAGGAUCGGACUGGGUGCGUGCUUAGGAGAGUCGCCUCGAUAUCUUUUUUUUAAAACGUGGAGGCAAAUGCCGUUGAGCUCUCGGAGACUCGCUUCCGAUGCGUCCUAUUUAGGAUCCAGAGAUCCGGAAUGCCUGACCAGUUAACGGGUUUCUUUCCUAAUGUAUAUAGAUCCAGAGCUCUUCGCCGUCCGCCGGCUGUAGUCACUAGUUAGGUAGCAAAUUCUGGUACCAAGUAUUCUAGCUGAAAACAAUCAGACCACGGGAAGAGAAGCAGAAAAGCCCCACGUCAGGUAGCAAUUUUUGACUGUAGCAAGGGGAGGGGAUAGAGGGGUCUGUAAAUCUUAACGCUGAUUGGGAGUUUCUCCCCCUCCCCCCACCCCGGAAAAAAAAAAUCCCACCUCUCUCUUUUUCUCCCACAGCUAAGUACAGCAUUAAAAGGUGAUUAGCGAAUCUGUUGAUGAAACGCAAACGGGAGGCUUAUUGAUUUAAUUUAGAACACUACCGAGUUCAGGGACCGGGCGAUGGCGGGAGACGGAGGCUGCAUUUGGGUAUAAAUCACUCGGGGGAGGAGGUGAAAGAAGGGAGAGAGGUUUGAGAAAAUCGGCUGCUGCGUGUGUAUCGCAGAUCACCACCACCCCCAGCCACUGCAGGUUUAGAGAGACACAUUGCAGGACGAGCGACGUGGGGAUUGGGAGAAAGUUUGUAUUUUGUGUAUUCACUUGGAAACGAGCGUUCUGGUUCUCAAGCAAUAAAACUCUUCAUGGUGACAACAA